AUGAGGCCAGCCGCGUGCUCCUGGGGCCUGGGGCUCCUGCUGGCCGCCGCUCAGCUCUCCCGCCAGCAGCCGCCGCAACAGAGGCCUGCUUUUACAUGUGGAGGAAUUCUGUCUGGAGAGUCAGGGUUUAUUGGGAGUGAAGGAUUCCCUGGAGUUUACCCUCCAAACAGCAAAUGUACUUGGAAAAUCACAGUGCCUGAAGGAAAGGUGGUAGUUCUGUCUUUUAGAUACAUAGACUUGGAAAGUGACAACUUGUGCAGAUAUGACUUUGUGGAUGUUUACAAUGGUCAUGCCAAUGGACAACGCCUGGGCAGGUUCUGUGGUACUUUCAAACCAGGUGCCCUUGUGGCCAAUGGCAAUAAGAUGUUGGUACAAAUGAUUUCAGAUGCAAAUACAGCUGGAAAUGGAUUCAUUGCUAUGUUUUCUGCAGCAGAACCACAUGAAAGAGGGGAUCAGUACUGUGGUGGACGACUAGACAAGCCUUCUGGGUCCUUUAAAACUCCUAAUUGGCCAGAUCGAGAUUACCCAGCAGGAGUCACUUGCUCAUGGCAUAUUGUAGCCCCAAAGAAUCAGGUCAUAGAGUUAAAGUUUGAGAAGUUUGAUGUGGAGAGAGAUAACUACUGCAGAUAUGAUUUUGUGGCAGUGUUUAAUGGUGGGGAAAUCAAUGAUGCUAAAAGAAUUGGGAAAUACUGUGGAGACAGUCCACCUGCGCCCAUUAUAUCUGAACGAAAUGAGUUGCUCAUUCAGUUCUUGUCUGAUUUAAGUUUAACUGCUGAUGGCUUUAUUGGUCACUAUAAAUUCAGAGCCAAAAAGUUACCCACAACCACAGUUCCAGCUACGACCACUCCCCCUGCAACAGCAACUUUGAAACCUACAGUUGCCCUUUGCCAGCAAAAAUGUAGACGGAAUGGGACUCUUGAGAGCAAUUACUGUUCAAGUAACUUUGUAAUAACGGGAACUGUUAUCACAGCAGUCACGCGGGGCGGCAGCUUACAUGCAACAAUAUCAAUCAUAAAUGUAUAUAAGGAAGGAAAUUUAGCAAUUCAGCAAGCAGGCAAGAAUAUGAGUGCCAAGAUCAUUGUUGUUUGUAAGCAGUGUCCUCUCAUCAGGAGAGGUCUAAACUACAUCAUCAUGGGCCAGCUAGAAGAAGAUGGCAGAGGUAAAGUCCUGCCCAACAACUUUAUCAUGAGUUUCAAGACUAAGAACCAAAAGAUCCUGAACACCUUGAAAAACAAACGAUGUUAA